AUGCAGUUCGCCACUCUCGCCGCUCUCUUUGCGCUGUCGUCCUCGCACGUGGUCAUUGCUCAGGGACUGUUCCCCUGUGGAACCGACUUUUGUGGCAUCGUGGUCGGGGGCCCGGGUAGCAACCCGCCAUUGUCCGUCAGACAAGCCGACUGCUCCAGCUUCCUGCUGGCCACCAUCCCGUCGACGACAGUAACUGUAACCUCGACAAUCCCCAGGUCCAUUACCACCACGACUCGUACGACCUUUUCGACAACGACUUCCACUACGACCGGGAUUACCGUGACAACCGACAAUGCUCCGAAUCAACGUCUGGCCCGUCGGGCCACCAUAACUCCGAGUGUCCUUCCCACCUACGCGGCGUACAUCUGUAACCCUUCUACUUACAGGUCGAUUUGCUCGUGUAUUGGCGUCUCGGCGAGCACGACUAUCUCAGGGUCCGCCGUGACCACCACCACCACAGCCUCGACGAGCACUAUCACGUCCAUACGGACAUCCACCACGAUCGCUACAAGCGUGAUCACAACUACCUCGGUGUCAGUCCUUCCUCGACUUUAA